UGAGGCACAUCCGAUUUCUUUCUCACAAUGGCCGAUGUUAGCGCAGAAUGUAACAUCAAGGUGCUAUGUCGCUUCCGUCCUCUAAAUCAGUCCGAAAUAAUCCGUGGGGACAAAUUCAUCCCCUCAUUCCAAGCUGAUGACACCGUCAGCAUAGCGGGGAAGUCCUAUGUGUUUGACCGGGUGUUCCCCACCAACACAACACAGGAACAGGUGUACAACACCUGCGCCAAGCAGAUAGUCAAAGAUGUUCUGGGGGGAUACAAUGGCACCAUAUUCGCCUACGGACAGACCUCCUCUGGAAAGACUCACACUAUGGAGGGCAAGCUUCAUGACCCACAUGGGAUGGGGAUCAUCCCCAGAAUUGCAGAGGACAUCUUCAAUCACAUAUUCGCCAUGGAUGAAAACCUGGAGUUCCACAUUAAGGUGUCCUAUUUUGAAAUUUACAUGGACAAAAUCCGGGACCUUCUGGAUGUGACGAAGACUAACCUGGCAGUACAUGAGGACAAGCACAGGGUUCCCUAUGUGAAGGGCUGCACUGAGCGUUUUGUCUCCUGCCCAGAGGAGGUGAUGGAUGUUAUUGACGAGGGAAAAGCCAACCGCCAUGUAGCUGUCACCAAUAUGAAUGAACACAGCUCCAGGAGUCACAGUAUCUUCCUGAUCAACAUUAAACAGGAACACGUGGAGACAGAGCAGAAACUGUGUGGGAAGCUCUACCUAGUGGAUCUGGCUGGGAGUGAGAAGGUCAGUAAGACAGGAGCAGAGGGAGCUGUGUUGGAGGAAGCUAAGAACAUUAACAAGUCACUGUCUUCCCUGGGCAACGUCAUCUCUGCUCUGGCCGAAGGAAAUAAGACCCAUGUCCCGUACCGUGACAGUAAGAUGACCCGUAUCCUGCAGGACUCUCUAGGGGGAAACUGUAGAACCACCAUGUUCAUCUGCUGCUCUCCAUCCAGCUACAACGACCAGGAGACCAAGUCCACACUCAUGUUCGGACAACGAGCUAAGACCAUCAGGAACAAGGCCUCGGUCAACCUGGAGCUGACAGCAGAACAGUGGAAGAAGAAGUACGAGAAGGAGAAGGAGAAGAACAGGGUGAUGAAGGAGACGGUCCAGAGACUGGAGGCUGAGCUGAACCAAUGGAGAAACGGGGAGGAGGUUCCUGAGCUGGAUCUGUUGAGUCCCGGGGCUGUGCCGGUUAAGUGUCUGAUAUCCAGAGAAGAUAACAGUUCCUCUUCCAGUCUGAGUCGACUCCCCAGAGAAGACAGUUCCUCUUCCAGUCUGAGUCGACUCCCCAGAGAAGACAGUUCCUCUUCCAUUGUGAUCAGGAUUUCAGAGGAGGAGAGACAGAAGUACGAGGAGGAAAUACGCAAACUCUACAAACAGCUGGAUGACAAGGACGAUGAGAUCAACCAGCAGAGUCAGCUGGUAGAGAAGCUGAAGGAACAGAUGCUGGACCAGGAAGAGCUCCUUGCCUCGUCCCGUGGGGACAGUGAGAAGGUGUCUGGGGACCUUGGCAGGCUGCAGAUGGAGAGUGAGGUUGCCAAGGCGGAGGUCAGGGAGGUUCUGCAGGCCUUGGAGGAGCUGGCUGUUAACUACGAUCAGAAGAGCCAGGAGGUGGAGGACAAGAGUCUGCAGAACAAACUACUGGCUGAGGAACUGGCCAAGAAAAUGGCCCACCUGAUGCGUAUCGAGGCGGACUUGUGUCGUCUACAGGAAGUGAGUGUUCAUCAGAGGAAACGCAUUGCUGAGGUUCUCAACGGCCUGAUGAGGGACCUUUCUGAGUUCAGCGCUAUCGUGGGCAACAAGGACAUCAAACUGCCGAUGGAGAUAACGGGGGCGAUCGAGGAGGAGUUUACUGUAGCUCGUCUCUACAUCAGUAAGAUCAAGUCAGAGGUCAAGUCCAUGGUGAAACGCUGUCGUCAGCUAGAGAACCUUCAGAUGGAGUUUCAUAGGAAGAUGGAGGAGACUGGAAGAGAGCUGUCCUCUUGCCAACUACUCAUCUCACAGCAUGAGGUGAAGAUCCGUUCCCUGACAGAGUACAUUCAGAACGUAGAGCAGAAGAAGAGCCAGCUGGAGGAGAACGUUGACUCUCUGAGUGAAGAACUGGACAAACUGCAGGCUCAAGAGAGCAUGUCAGCAGGGACAAAGGGAGAGAAUCAGACAGACGUUGAGGAGUCUGCUGAUGUCAAGGUAACCUGGUUACAGACUAUGGAGGCUCGCCGUGAGACCCACCACAAGCAGCUGGGACGUCUCCGAGACGACAUCAACGAGAAACAGAAGAUCAUUGACGACCUCACUGAUCGUAACUGUCGUCUUCAUCUGGAGUUGGAGCAUCUGAGGAGCGACUUUGACCGUCUCAUGAGACAGGAGCACCAGAAGAGUCUGCAACUGGAGGAGCUGACAUUUCUUCAUGAACGCCACGAGCAGUCUAAGCAGGACCUUAAAGGGCUGGAGGAGACUGUUGCUCGUGAACUCCAGACUCUCCACAACCUGCGGAAACUUUUUGUUCAAGACCUCACGAUUCGAGUCAAAAGACAUUCAGAGAUGGAGCGAGAUGAUAGCGGGGGAUCUAGCCACCAAAAGCAGAAGAUUUCCUUCCUUGAGAACAACCUGGACCAGCUUACAACGGUUCACAAACAGUUGGUACGUGACAACGCAGACCUGCGUUGUGAGCUUCCGAAGCUUGAGAAGCGUCUUCGGUCUACGGCUGAGAGAGUGCGGGCGUUGGAGGGUGCACUGAAGGAGGCUAAGGAGGGGGCUAUGAAGGACCGGAGACGCUAUCAACAGGAAGUAGAGAGGAUCAAAGACGCUAUGAGGGUCAAGAACCCCCUACGCAGGCCGCACGCCGCUCAGAUAGCCAAGCCGGUCCGUCCGGGCCAGUUCCCGCUCUGCUCUCCCACCAACCCCUGGGUCCGUAUUACUGAACAGCAACACUCCAUCCAUUUUAGUAACGCCAUGUUCCAGAUGCCCAGUCUGACCCCCAGCCAGAUAGCCAGUCAUCAUGCUGCAUCCCCAGCAACAGCCCCUUACUUCAAACCCUCCCAGAGCAGGGACCAGUCCAACAAUCACAACUCCACUGAGUCCAACAUGCCCCAGACCAACAAGUCCAACAUGCCCCAGACCAACAAGCUGCCAGAUGAGCCAAUCAACAGCCCCACAGAGGACAACAGCCCCACAGAGGACAACAGCCCCACAGUGGACAAUACUAUAGUGCAGAACACAACAGAGAAGGACACUACAUUGAAGGACACUACAGAGAAGGACACUACAUUGAAGAACACUACAGAGAAGGACACUACAUUGAAGAACACUACAUUGAAGAACACUACGGAGAAGGACACUACAGAGAAGGACACUACAUUGAAGAACACUACAGAGAAGGACACUACAUUGAAGGACACUACAGAGAAGGACACUACAUUGAAGGACACUACAGAGAAGGACACUACAGAGAAGGACACUACAUUGAAGAACACUACAGAGAAGUACACUACAUUGAAGGACACUACAGAGAAGGACACUACAGAGAAGGACACUACAGAGAAGGACACUACAUUGAAGGACACUACAGAGAAGGACACUACAUUGAAGAACACUACAGAGAAGGACACUACAGAGAAGGACACUACAGAGAAGGACACUACAGAGAAGAACACUACAGAGAAGGACACUACAGAGAAGGACACUACAGAGAAGGACACUACAGAGAAGGACACUACUGCCAGCUCUACAGGGACGCUGGAUGUGGACACCUUCAACGGGAACGCCACAGAUAUCAAUUACAACAGCUGGUCUCUGAGUGUCCACUCUGCUGCUGUGUCCAGGAGGGAUGUGCAGCACUGCGACAACCAGAACCAGGACAGCCCAGACAGGCUGCACCACGUCAUCCAACCAGAACAGGCUACCAGCUAGUGACCCAGCU